AUGAGCUCCAGCAAUGACGCGGUGUUUCUGCGCCGCAACAACCAAAUCCAAGAUGCGAUUGACUCGCAGAAUAUGAAACAGGCACUGCAGCUGAUUGAGAAGCGCAUGAAGAAAGGCGAGAACACCCGGUUUUUGAAGGCGAGUGAUGUCUCUUUGUUUCUUGCGAUCCUGGCACCCAAACAGGCCUGGAAAGCAAAUGUUUUGUUCAGCCAUACGGAUGAAGCCCACAAAAAGCGAGGCAUUUUAGAAACACUCGAGCUAUGCAACGCCGAACCACCUAUCUCCGAUAUUGAUUCCCUCGAUAUACUGUACCGGACGUUACGGAAGAUGGAUGACCAUAUCGAGCUUCGGAGCGCCAUAUGGGAGAGGGCAGCAAAGGCAAAGCCACAGGAUCAUUCGCUUCAGAUGAGGUGGUUCACGUUUGGAUAUGAGUCUGGGGACUGGAAGUCAGCUCAGAAAGCUGCCAUGAGUCUCCAGAAGAACUUUCCUCGAGAGCGAAAGUAUUAUUUCUGGGCCAUUUUCCUUUGUCAUCUUAUUGCAGGCGACGCGGCUAGCUCCGAGAUGGAUCGCAAGCUUUUUGGGACACUUGCUUAUCGCAUGAUUUCGAAAGCAAAAGAUGACGUGCCUUCCAAUCCGACCGAAUCGUCGAGCCCCCCACGUGCGAUACAAACAGCGGAGGAACUUCUUUUGCUUGUUCGAGUUUUCGAAUCACAGAAUCGAGAUGCUGAGAUUGUUGAAGUCCUUAACAGCAAGAAUGCUGGUCUCGACUCUCGGAUUGUCAACAACGACGGAACCUUUAUGUCGGCCAAAGUCUCAUGCUUGAAGUCUGCCGGACUCUGGGAAGAAGGGCACUCGUAUGUCAUGAGUUUGCUUGCUGUGCCCGAAGAGGAAGCAGAGCGCAAGGCUCUCCAUGAGCGUGAUCAUUGGAGAUUCUGGGACUUGCUUAUCACAGCUACGCGCCAUCUCGAGAACAGCUCAGGAUUACUUUCCGACACGCAACAGCAUAUCGAGAAGUUCAUUGAAUUCAGUCCAAAAUCGCGCAACGCCCAUAUCGCACUAAUGGAUACAGUCCUAAUGGGAUUGAAACGGGGCGAGAGUACGGAAGAUGAUUUGUUUGCUGCAUGCCAAAGAUACUUUGACCAAAAUAAACGCAAACUCUAUGCCUUUAACGACUUAAGAGGGGUCCUAGAGACUUGCGAGGAUACCUUGGUGCACCGAGUAUCUCAAUAUUGCAUGGAAAGCAUCGAAGAAAACACCGACGAUGCCAUCCCGUUGAUCAACGCGUACAAGCUGCAGUACUGUGACAAGAUUUCGGGCAACAGUAAAGUGUCAAAAGCUAGCAUCGAGAAUCUUGUCCGCAACUGCGUUCACUUUUACGAUGUAUUCACUGAGAAAGAUGGCAAGCCAGAUACUGCUUCCGCAAUGGAGAGCCGACCUAUAGACGACUUCUGCAUUGUUGCCGCUAUGGCCCUUGUUCGCCCUAGCCAAUCUGGCGAGGUAUCUGAAAAAAUCAGCAGCACUGCUCUGAUUCGCGCUGCUGGCAUCCUGGAGCGUCUUUUGAGCGAUUCACCCCAUAAUUAUGAGGCGAUGCUCUUCUUGAUUCGCAUAUAUCUUCUUCUCGGCGCUGGUUCCAUUGCUUUGAAAUUGUUCGGCAGACUCUCUGUCAAGCAAGUGCAGUAUGAAUCUGUCGCUCAUAACCUCUUCACUCGCUUUGCCACCAUCCAUCCUAAUCCCGCAACCCCCAUUGAAGGCGGAGAAUACAAAGACUUUGACCCCCAAGUUUCAUUUAUCGCCGCUCUUGACUUCUAUCGUGCCGCAAACUUUACUAUCAAGAAUUCACUGAUAAAGGGACUUGAAGAUGGGACUUACGUCAAUCUAGUCGACUCAAUCGAGCUUCAAAAGCGUCUGAAUAACAGUAUCUGCCGCAAAAUGUGGGCUCUUGACUUGCGGCGGAUGCAAAGAAUUCGAAAAGGAAACCAUCUACCCCUCCACGCAGAUAUUGCCCAGAAUGCCUCACCAGCUCAAGACCAGCGGAAAUAUGCUGGCUUUAUGAACUUGGAACGUUGUGACCAACCUGCAUUCGAGCAGCGAUUACGCGCAGGCCCGAUCCCUGGGGAAAAUUGGCUGGCAUCUGCCCGCCUAACAGAUAGACUUUUCAGUGUUCUUGAGAGCAUCGGCAGUCAGAAGCCAGUCGCCUUGGAUACAGACGUGCCCGCCCUUGGCGACUUGUCACUCUCCGAGAAAGAUACCGAUCAGACGGACGCUGAGAAGGAUACAGCCAAGAUUCACUUGGCAUUGUUCAAUGUGGCAUUGUUCAUGGCAGGAUCCAAGGCUCAUACCUCUGCGCAGAUUGAGACUAGUCUCGGUCAAGUAGAGGAUUGGUUGAAGGCCAAAAGACAGGACCUAUCCCUGGGAGACACAAAAAGAUCUCCUGUCAUCGCGAAGACGGCCAUUGAAUUUAGCCCAGGCACGGCAGGCGCACCGACAUGGGAAUAUUUCCAUGUCAUCUGGACCCUCGUAGAGACCCUCAAGGCUCUGUGGACAAUACUUGAUUUGAAUUCCCGAAAGGCUGUGAAAACAGCCAAACUUCCUGCUGAACUAUUGAAACGGCUGCAUACUCUCGUUUGUGAAGUUUUCGAGGAUAUUCGUUCGAACACUCGGGCCUUGAAGCAGGGCCUUACCGAAUCAGCAACCCUCAGCACACUCAUUGACAUGGUCAACCGGGGCGAUACGACCGAUGAAUACGAGAAGCCACUUCAAGAUAUUCUAGAAAAGGUGAUGUACGAAUCUGCGCUUGAAUUAUUCUGUGGAGAGUUGAGGGAGAGCUGGGAGGAGGCACUUGAUGGAGUGCUGGCUGCCAGGCUUUAG